AUAAAUAAAUAAAUAAAUAAAUAAAUAAAUAAAUAAGCUAAUAGAAAGUUGGUUCUUUAUCAAAUCUGAGCUUAAUUUACAGAUUUCAGUGCAGUGAGUAACAUAUAAACCUCACAUUUACUAUUUUAAUGUGACGUUUAGAUGAAACGUUUAGCCUGAGCAGAACCUUUAACUGAGCCAGGUUCUGAAUUAAACACUUAUAAAUCCUACCUGACAUGUUGGUAACAGAAAUAAAAAACUAAAUACUCAUUUCAAAGCGAUAUGUCUUCCUUUUGUUGAUGGGUUUGAGCUCAGUAGCAGCAGCAGGGGGGCGGAGCCUGGCUGAGUGACCUGCCCCCUGAUUGGCUGAGCAGCGCGACGUGUACGUCAGUCUGCAGCAGGUAGAGCCACAUGUGGCACAUCUUCAGCCCCCGCAGCUGAAACCUCUCUCCAGCGGUGCUGAUGACCGGAUACCUGUUUCUGUGAGCGGUCUGUCGAACUUCCCACGGAUUGCUAAAACUGUGAGAUCUGCUCCAUCAGACGCAGGGAGGUGAAGGGCAGGAUGAAGUCCAAAGGAAAAGCUGUGAGACCCUCCAGGAGGUCCUGGUCCGACCCGGAGCCAGAACAGGAACCUGACACGGAGCCGGGUUCCAGCGAGCAGGAGGGCUCUGAGGCCUCAGUUCAGAUCGGUGGCUCCUGGAGGGGCUCUCUGAGGCGGCAGGGGGGAGGGGCUGGGGCAGGAGCGAGCGUGGGCCGGCGGCGCAGGCAGCAGCGAGGCACCAAGGAGCGCAGCGUCCGGCGCCUGGAGAGCAACGAGCGCGAGCGUCAGCGCAUGCACAAACUCAACAACGCCUUCCAGGCACUGCGGGAGGCCAUCCCCCACGUCCGAACGGACAGGAAGCUGUCCAAGAUCGAGACUCUGACUCUGGCUAAGAACUACAUCAAAUCUCUGACCACCAUCAUCCUGGACAUGUCAGGGGCCUGCCUGCCGGACGGCGGCGGCCCCUCGGGGGCCAGUGCUGUCCGCCUGCUGCAAUGCUACCAGCAGCACCUGCAAGAGGAGGGGGAGGACGGUCUCACCCAGUACCUCACCGACAUGCAGAGCUUCAACCAGGACAGCUAACAGUGGGACUGUGGGGGGGUCUCCUCUUCCAAACUACAGCAGCACUCAUUCAGCAGACAUACAAAGAAACAGCAGUGGAGACUGUGGAGUGCAUUCAGAAGAAAAUAAACUCUUUUUUUUUUCUCUUGUGUUUUAAACUGGGGAAAUUCUCUUGUGUGUUUGUGUGUUAUCGCCUGAUCUUGCGUGUAUUUAUAUUAGGAAACCCGCUGAGUGUAGCCUCUGGUGAUGUCUAUCACGUCCAGGAAGGAGAGCGACACCAGCAGUGCACUUCAAUGUUUUUGCAAGUCACCAAGUUUGCUCAUGACGAUGCAGAUGAUGUUUUUGCAGGAUGUUUUAUUAAAAAAAAACUAUGAAAAUAAGAUUUAAAGUAUUACCAAUAAACAGAUUUAUUUAUUGA